AUGCCCUUCAAAACAGAACCUCGUAUAGUGAAUGUUAGAGUUAUUUUUAUGAGAUUAGGACAAAUCAACACGCUGGCAGAUCAAUUUGAUGGCGAAGCAUCCCUUGAAAUAGAAUGGCUAGACUCCAAUGUGAUAGAUGAGUAUGACUUGAAAAAGCAUUGGAAUCCAAAGAUAAACAUAUACAAUGCACUGGGUGAAUUAAAGCAACAAAUAACGCAUACAAUUAGAAAGACUGCAUUGGGAGAAACAAUCAUCUGUGAACAACAAAAACUCAAAGGUGCUUAUUAUGAAACUCUUGAACUGAAUAAUUUUCCACUUGAUGUACAAGAUUUAACAAUAAGCAUAACAUCUCAUCUAACAACGAAUGAAGUUCUACUGAGACCACACCCUCAAUGCCCAUCUCGAGUAAAUGAAAGUGCUUUCUUAGCUAAACAACAAUGGAAAUUAUUUAAAUGUGUUAAUGCAAUUAUUGAUACAAUGCAUGAUGAAGAUACUAAUCAACAGAGAUCUAUGAUCCAUGUCACGUGUCAUGCACAAAGAAUACCAACUUAUUUUCAUUGGAAUGGUUUUUUUCUUAUUUUUAUUAUUACCAUCUUCUGUUUUCCUGUUUGGGCCAUUGAUCCAAGCUUACCACAAAAUCGUUUGGGACUUAUGGCAACUAUUCUACUAACAUCCAUAUCAUUUCGUAGUACAAUAACAAGUAAAUUACCUUUAACAUCCUAUUUAACAUUGAUUGAUAAAUAUUCUAUAACUCAAAUUGUCUUUGACUUACUCUGUACAUUAUAUCAUGCUAUAAUUGGUUAUUGGAUGAAUAAUGAUAAAUUAGUGGAUCCGAAAUCAAGAUCUCGUCUCCCAGAUUACAUAAUGUUCUUCAUUUUAUUAUCACUAUUUAUUCUACUUAAUUUGACCUUCUUCAUAUGGAUUAUUAGAGUUGCUUAUAUACCAAGACGUGCCUUAGAACAACAAAUUCCAUGGAUAAUUAUGGAUAAGCAAUAUUCUUCUUCUUCAUCAUCGACGACGACUACAUUUGAAACCGAAAGAAUUUAG